UAUUGCUUUACAUUCCAUCCUUUACCACAACAUUAAAACAGCUAGCAGCUGGUUCGGCUCGCGCAGCGGUUCAGCUGUUGCCGAUCGAAAAAAAUUAGAUAAAAGUUAUUUUACGCGUUAAUCCUAGAUCUUUCGUACCGACUACAACCAUGAGCCUCGCACUAAGAAGAUCGGCGCUAGCACUGAGGACGCCGGCCUUGACUCCGUUCCUCAAGGGCAACUACCUACCUGCUGUACAGCAGACUUUGCAGAACUCAUCUCAAAUAGCCCCGACAAAGGCUACUGAAAAGCACCCUUAUUCUCCCUUCCAGAACACCAACAACUGGGCAGAAUACGCCCUCGCUCGACUUGACGACCUCCUUAAUUGGGGAAGAAAGGGUUCUCUGUGGCCACUGACAUUCGGUUUGGCCUGCUGUGCCGUUGAAAUGAUGCACAUUGCUGCUCCUCGAUAUGACAUGGAUCGAUUUGGAGUCGUAUUCCGUGCCUCCCCUCGUCAGGCCGAUGUCAUCAUCGUGGCAGGUACCCUGACCAAUAAGAUGGCCCCAGCCCUUAGGAAGGUUUACGACCAGAUGCCAGACCCCCGCUGGGUCAUCUCGAUGGGCAGCUGUGCCAAUGGCGGUGGCUACUACCACUACUCGUACUCUGUUGUCAGAGGGUGCGACAGGAUUAUUCCUGUAGAUAUUUAUGUCCCUGGCUGCCCUCCUACUGCAGAGGCUUUGUUGUACGGCGUUUUGCAACUUCAAAAAAAGGUGAAGCGAAUGAAAACUCUUCAGAUGUGGUAUAGGAAGUAAUUCAAAAAGUUGUUAGAAACCUAAACGACCCUUACUGUAAAUUAAAUGAUUGUUCUUUAAAUCACAACAUUGAG